AUGGCCACGGCCACAAGUGAGCGCGCGAUGCGCAAUCAUCAGCUGGAUCGUUACUAUCAAGAAGGACUGCAUCGGAUUGAGUUGGUCAACCGCGACGAAACAGAGCGGAGACUCUCACUGAAAACACUCGCUUUGCGUGAUGCCAACGCUGCCCUGCAAGACUUGGCGUCUGAAAAGGAGCUUCAUAUAUCGUCUCUUGGAGAAAGUAUAGAAACUCUGAAAAUUGAGUUGUUGGAGGCCCAGCAGCGAUCGUCUGAACAACAUUCUGGUUUAGAAAAGCAGCGGAAUGAAAUUCGCUCUCUCAAGGCGGACAUUGAAAGUCUGGUCAGCUCCGCCGAAGCAUCGAAUGAUGCGGUUCAAGAGAAGGCAACUCUUACACGUCAGCUCAAUAACCUUCGCCCGGAGCUGGAGCAGCUCAAAUCACAGCUUCUCUCACAUCAGGCUGUUGUUGCCUCAAAUGGAGACCUACGGCACCAGGUUAACACGCUGGAGGUUGAACUAGAAAAUGAAAGACGCUCUAAGCUCCGCGCUCAGCAAGCGGACGAGAACGGUGUCAUUUCAGAUCUGCGUUCUAGGCUGGAGCAACAUGAAAACAGGCUCCAGACAGAAAAGACAGAAAAAGAAGGGCUGGAAAGAGAGCUUGCAGAAUCCCGCGGCGAGACAAAAGAGCAAAAAGAGCUCUGCAACGCUCUGAAAUUCAAACUCAAGGAAACACAAGACGCCUUGAAAGCUGCGCAAGUGAGCCUGCAGAAGAGUCAGCGCGAACUCUCCAAGCGCAGGGAAAUCUCUACCAGCAUCAUCGACAAGCAUCAGGAAAAUGCACCCAAGGCUAGGCAAGCACGGGCAGCCAACCUGCAGAAAAGUCAACGCGAACUCCCCAAGCCAAGCCAAACCUCUACCAACACUGUCGACGAGCAUCAGGAAACUUUACCCGAGUCGAAGCAAGCCCGGGUACUCGUUGAAGCUUGUGUAACUGAAACAUCCAUGGAUGACGUGAAUAUACAGACGCCUGUGGAUGAGAAUAUAUUGGAGAUUCGGCGGCUCCGGCGACGCGGAACAGAGCAUGCCCUGCUGGGUGAAAAGUCGAACUUUUCCAUAACACCUUUCUUAAACAAGUCCAAAGAUGCCACAGAUUAUCCCGACCUUAAUUCGGAAAAAUCCACUUCUGGGGUAGAUUUGCAAGUCAGCCCAGAGCAACCGCGCCCAACAAAAAAGAAGAGAUCUCGAGCAACGUCUCCAAUUAAAGCUCGGCGACUCGCAGCAAGCCGUGAGAAACGUUCAGCAUCUUUAGUAAAAGACGCCGCUGAAACUGAAGCCAUCUUGAGUAACACAUUGCUGAACGAGUUCGAUACACCGGUGAAACCCGGUACAAGGGGACGACCGCGCUCAGGGAAGGCUACAGAUGCGAGACGAGUCAACGACAGUAAGGAGGAUUCAGAUUCAGACACUGCAUCGCGGAAGCCGGAAUCGAAAUCCAAGGUAUCUACUACUGAGAGCAAUGCACCAAAAGACCAUGAGGCAGAGGGUCGGAGAAGAAAGCGCAAGCUACUAGGUGGGAGAGGCAAAACCAUGUUCGACGAUGAUGAAAUGGAGGUCCAUGACAAGCCAGGCAAUCCAUUGCGGCUUGUGCCAGCUAAGAGGGCCCGGUCGCAAGGUGGAGGCGUUACAAAUGCUUUCGCUGGCCCUGGCAGCACGUUUUCUCCCCUCAAGAAAGAAAGGAGGGGUGUCAAUGCGAGUUUCAUCGGGUGA